GUGCACGUCCAUAAUAGUCAUCAUGUGUUCUGCUUAACUCAUUUUUUAUAGUGAAACAACAAUUUUCGUUUUGGUAGUGCUCUCUUAAAUUCAUUUUUCUCAGUUUCCAAACACAGACAGCAGAGAUUUAUUAUAAUUUCACCUUCGCACAACAGAAGAAACGUAAAACACACCUCUGCAGCACAGAAUUUUUAGUCACUUUCUCUAUUUAAGAUUUGAGUUUGCAGAUCCUCUGUUCACAACAGCCUCAUGACUUCCUCUGUGCAUGAUCUUUCUGAUAAUAAUGAAGUUGAUGAGCAGCAAAAACACUCCGAGUCCCAGGACCAGUCCUCAUCUCCUGCAGCAGGACUUUCUCCCUCUGCUGUCACAACCCCAAACAUCGCAUACACAACACCUCAACAUGCUGUGGCACCAGUUUCUUACCCCUAUCCAGAUCCCUAUUAUAGAAGCAUCUUUGCUCCCUAUGAUGCUCAACCAUAUCCGCCACAGCCUUAUGAUGGUCAACCUAUGGUCCAUCUUCAGUUGAUGGGUAUUCAGCAAGCUGGAGUUCCUUUGCCGUCAGAUGCCAUUGAGGAACCUGUAUUUGUUAAUGCAAAACAAUAUCAUGGCAUAAUGCGACGGCGACAAUCUCGUGCAAAAGCUGAAUCAGAGAAUAAAAUUGUCAAGCCUCGUAAACCAUACUUGCAUGAAUCCCGUCAUUUGCAUGCAUUGAAACGAGCCAGAGGAUCUGGGGGUCGGUUUCUCAAUUCAAAGAAAAAUGAAACCAAACAGAAUGAUGCAGCAUCAGGUGAUAAAUCACAGUCCAAUGUCAAUCUUAACUCCGAUAAAACUGAGGUUGCUUCUCCGGAGGGCACAUCUUUAAAUUUUGGAAGCAAUUGCUUUUAAAUACAGUGGCCUAUUGCCAAUAGCCAGAGAACAUAGUUUCCACAGUAGCCACAUAUAGUUUCGGCAUUGCCUCAUUCUAGCUUUGUACUUAGAACUCAGUAGCGUGUAUAGAUUUGAUUUUCUAGGAAUAGGCAGGACCAUAGGUAGUGUUGUUGAAGUGCAUUGAUAUAGUUCAUUCUCCUAAAUGCUCAUUGUUUCCUGAGGAACUGAUAAUUUCAGACAGAAAACUGGUUGAUUUGUGUUUAAAUAGUUUAGCAAGGGUUAGGUCUUGUUCCUGUGUAGCAUGCGCUUUUUUCGUUAUCUAUUCUUAUCAACUUGGAUAAUAAUUUGAAAUGGUUUAAUUGAUUUUGUAACUUGUUUUAUGUUUCUGAAUAUCGAUUAUUCUUAUCAAAUGUUGAGUCAUAAGUAGGACAAACAAAUAUCGGUGGUAAUGUUUGAGGAGAAAAUCAAUCCUCAAGCCUUGUUUUAUUUGAGGGCAAACAAUAACAUAUGUCCCAAUUAGAUAUGAUCUCUUCAUAACAUAUGCCCCAAUUAUAUAUGAUUUCUUCAUCAAAAGCCAAAGGGUAUAU